CAAGGUCAUACAAUGGUAAAUAAAGCAUUUUUCUUCAACGUCUCGUUUCUCCGGAUCGGUCACUAUGGUAUGAUCUUAUUGCGUAAAUCAAACCGUAUUAUGAUUUAGGAACGUUUUCUGAUUGGCAAAACAUUAUCUGUACAUUCUGAUAUUUCUUAUGAAGAUAAAUCAGAAAAAUGUAAACGUAAACGUUUGUUCGAAACAGCUUCAGAAAAUGAAAUUGAAAGGGCUUAUUCGGAACUGCUGUCAGUUUUAUCUCAAGAGUUUACUCGUGCUUCAGCACGCCUAUCCAAAGGUGUCAUCGAAAGUGGUCGAGUUCGCCUUACACAAAUAUGUGGGAAGUAUUUCCGUGUAAUGGGUUUCUCUUUUGAUGGUUCAUCGUAUCUUCAUCCAGAAGAAGCACUAUACCUUGCCGAAUGUAAUAAGAUUCAAGUACUUGUUAGUGGUCUACCACUGAGUAUUCAAGAACUUUACGAUCAGCUCUUGAACAAUCAAACAUAUCCACACUAUCUGGCUUACUGUCGAUUAUCACGAUUGAAUUUUAUUCUUCGAAAACGAGCAAAUUUUGACCUACAAUCAAAUUAUCAUAGUAUGACAAAUAAAUUAUUUAAAAUCCCAAAAUCAAUUAACAUUUCAGUUCUGACAUACCAACUUUUAGACCAAAAACACAUAAAACAUGUCAGGAAUGGGAGGUCCAAGGACUUUAAACCACUCGUUAAUUGUAAUACAAUACAUUCUAUCACUAGUCUUAUGUAUAAUUUGCAAGAGAUUAUACAACCUACUAAUGAUAAGUCUAUUAAAUCAACGGAUGAUUUAAAUCUACUGUAUGAUAUUUAUGGAAACAAUCAUGCAGAAAAACAACGUAUUAUCAAUUUCUCUAAACGCUCCCCUCCUCAUCCUGAUUAUGUUCUAUCCGUUUUGUCACCUCAACAAAUAUUUCCGAACAUAGAAUCUCAAAGCUUGAGAAAAGUCGGCUUGCAGCCUGAAACAUCUGUUCUUCUGUGCAUGGUAGAUGGGUGUGAUGUUUCAUUUUAUAUGACAAACCAUUUUACCAUUCCAAACAUAAACUUUCAAAUAACUCGUCAGGAAAAUAUGGCGUGAUUAUAAGUUGUAUAAAGCAUGAUUUCUGUAUAUUUGCUUUUUCUGUACAAUACAAUAAACCCAGUCCAAUCAUUUCAGAA